GUGAAACCUCUCGACACGUUCCACAAUCGAUCACCCUUUGCCUGCCAUGACAUACAGCUGCUGCUGUAGACUGCACGAUACAUAUAGCAUAAUACGAAGAUAACAAUCCCAAGAGUACCAAAGCACCACCGGCACGACAGCGAUUCACGAUGCCGCCCAAAGCACCGCAGGACGCGAGAUCCGACAACCUCACCAUCAAGGAACGCCAGGUCGCUGCGGCAGCCCAUGCACGCGCCAGCAAGCAAAAGGGACAGGCGUCGCAGCCACAUGGGACGAUGCGGUAUGGAGAUCUCCCUCGAAUCAGCAACGGCACGGGUCCAGCGCCGCAGCCCGCAGCAGGAAUGCAGUGGGAACAGAUGCCGCGAACAGUACUCGAAGUCUACCGCGUAGCCCACAAUCUCGACACGCCUGCUUCGUUCACAUCCCCACGCAACCAGGCGCUCCUGACCAACCCUGGCAUCGGGCGACAUUCGCCGACUAUGAGGAGGGCAAAACACCAGCAGCGUCAAUCUGAAGUCAAGUUGGCAACUCAAGUACGAAAACAUUUCAAUGCUGCAGCGGUGAACGAGACGGAGGUUGUCGCUGGGAUGCAGUACGUGGCGAAGAACAAAGACAAAGCUUUCAAGCAAAAAUCGACACCGAAUGCCACCAAGAAAUCGUAGCGCGAUAUUCCACAAAUUAAACACGUUUCGACCGCGACAGACGCGAACCUGAGUUUUCAAUCACCUACAGAGCCGCCGGUCACGCCCACUACGGCCGACUUCGACACUCAAUCCUGUCCCGGAAAAAAAGCUUUUGGGGCGUUCUCUUGUUGCCGGGAAGAAAGCCUGGGACAAUAGGUCUACAAAGACUGGCGUCAAGAGAUGCAGUAGUUGAAAGCAGCCUCGUCGACGUCCUAGGAGAACGAUGGCCGAGAGUGCAGAAGAUACAACAGGAGCAGGAGGGAACUCCAACAGAGUCGCCCAUGAGAAUAAUUCAUCAAGAGUUGGUCGUUACUACGGAGCGACGAACGUUGGAAAGCCUGUACAAUGCUCAGGCACCCCAAUCCUGGCCAUGUAACAAGACAACUGACAUGGUACUACUUCACAGAGUGAGAGAAAUGAUGGAUAGCCUUAUGCAGAGAAGGAGGCCCUCUGGUGAUGGCUAAACUAUAGACUAAUAUUUAAUCACGUG